AUGCGCGCAAUCAAUGAGCGGUGGCCCAAAGAAAGGCGAAACGAGGUCAAGGCUGAAAAGGAGCGACUGAUCAAGCAGCAAAAGGCAAUACAAGAUCUCAGCGACGCCAUGGGUUCUUACACAGACCUCUGUGGGCAGCGAGAGGCACUGGCGAAACGGAUCGCACAAUCCUACGCAGAUGGGCUCGACACAGAGGAUGACGAGGUCCAGCUCGACGAUCUUACAGAGGUGGUUGAGCAGAAAGAGGAUGAAUUGAAUCGAAUAAUCACUGACGCUGGCCUGGGCGAAUCCUCCUUCAUUCAGCCUGCCCACGGGCCCAGUUCUGGAAGCAUGGGCAGUGGGGGAGGACCUGUCGUCUUCGGCACGCAAUCACCAUCCGUCGACUCCCAUGAAACCUCGCGGCUAUCCAAAGUAUCGCCGAACAAUGUCCCCGUGGGCACGCAGGUCAUUCACCAGACCCAAAUGGCCGGGGCAUCGCAAUCGCGUGCCUGGAACCAACCCAUUCAAGCAGCCCCGAGCAUGCCGAGAAGUAGCCUGAUAUCUCAUGAGGGUGAAGAUACGACAACACGGCCGUUUCCGCGAGAGCCCCCUACGAAUUCACGAGCCGCGAGUAGGCCUCAGGUGAGGCCCUCUAUGAUUCCUCAGUUUGAGGAAUCUGCCGCAGACAUCGCUGCCGCGGAGGACUUCUAUUCUGAGGUUGACGAGCCGGACGUGCAACAUCUACCUACACUGCAGCAUCGAAAAACUCAUUCGGAUGCUCGCCAUCAUGCGCCAAAGACACACGGACACCUGGCCAGCGAUAACUUCAGUGACUUUGGAGAUGACGCCGAAAUGCUUGCGCUUGUACGGGACUGCGAGACGCGCGAGUCCGUGGGAUCGCGGCAAGUCUUUUCCGAAACAUCUGGAAAUGCCGGGCCCGUUGCCAGAGGGCGGACACCAUCCAAGAGACAGGCCGCGCCUAUUGUCCCCGAUCUGAGCAUCCCUCCCGAGCUCAUGAAGCACUCAUGGUCUCCAGAGGUUCAAAAGAUGCUCAAGGACCGGUUCAGGAUGAAGGGCUUCCGGCAAAACCAGCUGCAAGCCAUCAACGCAACCUUGUCUGGCAACGAUGCAUUCGUGCUGAUGCCAACAGGCGGAGGCAAGUCGUUGUGCUAUCAGUUGCCUGCAGUGGUAAGAAGCGGCAAGACGAGGGGCGUAACCAUUGUGGUCUCCCCACUUCUCAGCUUGAUGCAGGAUCAGGUCGAUCACAUGAAGGCACUCGGCAUCCAAGCUGUGGCGUUCAAUGGCGAGUGUUCUGCGGAAUACAAGAGGCAGGUGAUGAGCGCUUUCAAUGAGCGCAGCCCAGAGCACUUCAUUGAGCUGUUAUACGUCACGCCAGAGAUGGUGAGCAAGAACGCGGCCUUCAACAACGCAAUGCAGAAUUUGUAUCGCCGGGGCAAGUUUGCACGGCUCGUCAUUGACGAAGCUCACUGCGUGAGCCAGUGGGGACACGACUUCAGACCCGACUACAAGACUCUUGGACAGGUCCGGCUGAAGUUUCCCGACGUCCCCGUCAUGGCCCUGACGGCCACGGCGACGCAGAACGUCAUUGUCGACAUCAAACACAACCUCGGCAUGGUUGACUGCCAGGUCUUCUCGCAGAGCUUCAAUCGACCGAACCUCUACUACGAGGUCAGGCCCAAGGGCACCAACGCUAGCGCAACCGAAAAGAUUGCCGCCCUGAUCAACAGUAAAUAUCCAGGCGUCACGGGCAUCGUCUAUACCAUAUCACGAAAGCAGGCCGAAAAUGUCGCGUCGGCGCUCUGUGACCAUGGCAUUACGGCACGACACUACCACGCGGCGAUUGAACCGAGCGAGAAGGUUGCGGUGCAGACAGCUUGGCAGAAGGGAUCAGUCAAGGUGGUUGUGGCAACGAUAGCGUUCGGCAUGGGCAUCGACAAGCCAGAUGUCCGAUUCGUGGUGCACCACGGCCUUCCCAAGAGCCUGGAGGGCUACUACCAAGAAACGGGCCGAGCCGGCAGAGAUGGCAAGCCCUCCGACUGCAUUCUUUUCUACGGCAAGGGGGAUAUAAGAGUCCUCAAGAAAUUGAUUGCGGAUGGAGAUGGAAACGCGGAGCAGAUUGAGCGGCAAAUGGCGAUGCUCAACCGCGUCACGGCCUUUUGUGAUAACAAGUCGGACUGCCGCCGCACAGAGAUCCUUCGCUAUUUCGGAGAAGACUUCACGCCCUCGCAAUGCCACCAGUCGUGCGACAACUGCCAAGCCGGGCUCGUCUUCGAGCAGAAGGAUGUUUCCGAGUACGCCAUCGCGGCCAUUCGCGUCGUCCAGAAUCAGAGGCGCCUCACAACGAACCAGUGUGCCGACAUCUUGACGGGCAAAAAGUAUCCAGCCAAUGAGCAGAGGAACUCAACUGAUCAAUAUGGCAUGGCACGGGACAUGAAGAGACACGAGGUCAUUCGUGUCAUCGACCGCUUGUCUGCGGAGAAGGCCUUUCGCGAGGAGAAUGUGGUCGGCAAUUACGGCAUGGCCAUUCAAUAUCUCCAAAUGGGGCCGACCGCGCGGCUGUUCCUCACGGGCCAGCGCAAGCUCAUGCUCACCGUCGAGGUGACGGACGACAAGGGCUCCAAGUCGACCAAGUCCAAGGCAAAGAAGACAUCGAAGAAGAAAGCAAAGGACCAGGAGAACGCGACGAUCCAGUCCACGUAUGUGUCAUCCCCAGCUGAGAGGCGCAAGCGACGAUCGAGAGCGCUGGAGAGCGAAGAUGAAGACGAGUUCCCCGUCACCGCCCAUGGGUACAGGAACGACGGCUUUGUCAUAUCGGACGACGACAUGCAUGGUGAUGACGAUGACGACGAGGACGACGACGAGGCGUUUGCCCCACUACCCCAACAUCGACCAGCUAAGCCCCCGGCGAAGAGGGCUGCGAUGCCUGCUCCGGGCAGGCAGCUCCAGGAUCUUUCAGAACUCCACCAAGACCUGGUCAAUGGGUUCGUGCUCGAAGCCCAAAAGGUGGAGGAGCAGAUCCGCAACAAGAAGGAACUCCGGCGCCCGCUCUUUACGGAACGAGACUUUCGACAGAUGGCCAUCAAGUGGACGACUACGCUCGAUCAGAUGGCCCGCAUCCCCGGCAUCGACCCGGAUAAGGUCCGCGAACACGGGCCUAGGCUCUUGCCGCUGCUACGGAAGCACUACGACUUUUACCAGCAGACGGUUGGCGUCGACGGAGAGUCCGACCAAGACCAGGGCGAGGACCAGGAGAUUGUCGACUUGAUCAGCUCCGACAUCGAAAUGGACGACGACAUGGCCGAGGCCGAGGACUCGCACUACUUCAACCAGAGGCCGCGACCCGAGGUUCAGGCGUUUCACGACAGGCUGCAAGGGCUGAACAGCCAGCAGCAGCAGCAGCAGCAGCAGCAACAGUCGGCGAACAAUUCCCGGCCAAAGUCGUCGUACAAGAGCGGAGGGAACAGGAGAUUCUCGGGCAAGAAGUGGCAGAAGAAGGGCGGCGGCGUGCCGUCUAAGCGGAAGGCGAGCGGCGGCUUCGGGAGGAAGUCGGGCGGGUCGGCGGCGGCGGGGCCAUCGUCGUGGGCGACGGCCAGCGGGAGCGGGAGCGGCGGCGGGAGCAAGCGGGACGGCAAGAUCGUCAAGAAGUCUGGCGGCGGCAUCGGGCUGAUGCCAAUGUGA